GCUCUGGCCUCUGGGUCAAAUGGCAGAAAGGUCCCUGGAUUUCCAUCCCAAGCAUGACAUGUGUCUUGAGGGUCCAUUCCACCCGCCUGGGCUCCUUGGUACAGUACUUGAAGGCCAGUCUGUAACUUGCAAUACUCCGUAGCCGCACAUAGAAGGUCACGCACGCUCUUCUCAACUUCCCUACUUCGCUUCGUGUCUGGUCAGAAACAUGACCUGUAAGCACAGCUGAUAUAAUGGCGAUAUCUUGGGGGACUAUCAAGUCCCUCCUGCUCUUCUUUGGUCCUAUACUCCUGCCAAAGGCCAUCGCCUACUACCGCAGCUUUCGUGCUGGCCCGGCAGCUCAAGGUCUUACCCUCAAGCCACUCCCCCCGAAAGUCCUACGUGCUCUCACCUUGCUUGGAGCCACGGCAUUAGUCUAUCUGGCCCUCUCGCUUCCUCCCUUUGCUCCUGAGAACCUCUUUGCGCGGACGCAGUCACGACUCCAAAUUCCGACCGAUGUUCUCUUCACCCGCCUCACAGCCCUCAGGCCCGCCAAUGCGCUCACAGACGCCGAUGCCACCCUACGCGCCAAGUUCGUGAAUCUCGAGAGUCGCCUGCUGUAUCUGCAGUUCGGCCCCAGUGUCCUUGCCGGCUGCCCCUUCUGUAACGCCGAAGACCCGCGCUCCUACCUGUACUAUGCCGCACCGGGCCUUCUGGCACCGCAUCUCUUCAACCUCGUUGUCCUGUCCGUUGCGACCUCUGGCCUGAUGACGGGACACGAGGGCAGUAAAUGGCGGGCGCCAGCCGUGCUCGUCAGUGCCGCCAUAGCUGCCAUCGAUAUCUACCUUGUCAGCAGCUACAACUAUCAAGUCAAUGCCCGAGCGACCCGACUCGUCGAUAUCGAUUCGUUCUUCUGGACAUCGCGACUGUACCGUCUCGUUACCUUUGCUUUAAUAAACAGCGCCUUUGCAGCCUUACUGUAUCUGUCAUCAACGAAUCGAGCGUUCGCGUCGCCUCCUGGUCCUGCCGAACGCGUGGAAGCGGUGACGAGGCAGCUGAUGAUGUCCAAGAGUAAACUAAAUGCGCUAGGCAUCGUCAAGAACACGGCGAUCAGGGACGAGGAGCUGCGGGAGAGGAUGCAGUCCUACUGGCAGCACGAGGGCCGCCUGAUGCGUGAGGUCAUGGAGGAGAAAGAAGUGAUCGACGGCGUCAAUGAUGCGCUGAGCAACAGAAUCAACAUCGCGGGUAUCACGAACGAUGCCGAGGUUUAUGCAACCAGUAUAAUACCGCAGCAGGAGCAGAUGGUGACAGGGCCAGUGCCCAUAGGCUAAGACCGACAAAAAAU